AUGAUCCCGAAAUUUGUCUACGACCCUCCGCCAUGCCUGUCACGCCAGUCCAGACAACACGGCCUUGCUCAAAAAGGCACAAGAUCAGCAAAGGCCACCAGCGAUUGGAUCCGCAUGCCGACAAGACAGACUCUUGUGCCACCAUCCGAAGGCAUCUCCUCCAUCCAGGACGAACCAGACAUAGACAGUCCACCACCCUGA